AUGAGCUCCUUGCCAGCUGCUGCUGCUGGAAGUCGGUCUGAUAAUGAGAUGAAAGAUGAUUGUUGCCAACCAUCCUUGAAGGAUUUGCAGCAUAAAGGUAAUCUUAUUCCUGAAGGCCAUAAAGUUCUUAUCUUUUCCCAGAGUUGCAUAAUGCUUGAUAUUAUUCAGAAUUUCCCUGGUGCUCCAACAUUUUUGCCAGGUAAACCCAUCUGGCCAGACCUCUGCAUUGCCUCCUACAAGGUAGAUCACACUUGCUUGGCUAAACGUUAUUCAGUAUGCUUUCAAAUUUGUCUUCUUCCUGAAUUCUUUUUCUUUCUAUCAUGGCAACCUUCAACAGUAGUUUGGGAUCGGCACCUUCCUGCAAAAGAUAUCGUGUACGUGUUCUUCUGCUGCUAUUAUGGAUUCGGGAACAUCCUUGCUUACUGGUCCAACUGUAUCUAUCUCACGUGA